AUAGGUUUUUUAACCGGUUCAGAAACAAAAAUUAUGGAAGAUGCUCAUUGUGAUUCAAUUUCAAUUAUUGCAGAGACUUUAACCUUCAAAGGAUCUUAUAAUUUUGCUUUACAGAAUAUAACCUCCCGAGUUAAUCGUCUAGUACCUUUAAUGCUUCAACAUCGUUUAACAGCACCACCAGAAGAAAUUUAUUCUUUACAUAGAAAAUUGUCUGGUUCAUUCUUGUUGGCAACAAAAUUGCAAGCUAGUGUACCCUGUGGAUUAUUAUUCAAUUAUGUUGCUGAUAAUUAUCAAUAUUCUGAUGGAGAAUAGGGGAAGAAGUUUUUU